AAGAGCGGCUGGUCCUGGCGCAAAGUGUUGCCCAGUUGGCUGGUCAAUGGCAAGGCAAAGGCAACUAGUGCAUAGCCAGCGCUGUCAGAAGGUGAAAAAAAAAAACAACAAAUACUCGAUGCGUUCCGAAAAUUUUCAAAUAUGACACGAUUUGGAUUCAAACAAAUUCUAAGCCACUACAAAAACUCGAAUGAUGCUAGCCUAGCGGACGACAAGUCCAGAAGCCAGAAGUCUGAUGCCCAAUCAGGCCACACGCAGGAUGACAGCAGUUGCGACAACAUCGAACCAAAGGCCGCUAAGGUAAGAACACUUCCGACUCAGCCGCCGGGCGAAACGGUCAACUCCAACGCCAAGAUACGCGAUCUGAAGCCCACCGUCAGGACACAAUUUGUGCUGGGCAGGACAAUGAGGAACAACGAUUAUAGUCCGGCAGCCAUGCGUAGAGGCAGCUACAUGCGCAGGGACCAGUCCAGGCCGAGCUUGCCAGCCACAAGGAACAGAUCCAGGAAGCCAAAGCCCAUGCGUCAUCUGGGCGGCGGUGUCAGACUGUGUCCGGUUUGCGGACAGCGGACAACUGACGCUAGCAUGUCCGCUGAUGGACAGACUUGUAUUUGUGACCUAUGCAAUGCCAAGAUCCAUACGGCUCUGGAAAACUACAAUGGACAAUCUGGCAAUUGCCAGAGUAAUUACUCAGCGGGCGCGAUGGACUGGCGACAGAGCGCGCAGUCGGGAAACCAAGUUCAGGGUCAGGGUCAGGGUCAGGGUCAGGGCCAGGCUGGUAAUCCGAGCGAGCCGCCACCCUUCAGCAUUGUUGUGCUGCAGGAUUGCGAAAAUAGUGCACUGAUUGAUCAGCUGACGACUGCCUUAGCGCGAACCUGUAUACAACAAUCCAGCAUCAGCAACGAUUACGGCAACGAAUACAAAAAUACUUAUUCGAGCGGCUACACGGAUCGCAGAGGCCCACCGGGUCCAUUGCCAGCCUAUGACUAUGCACAACCCGUCUAUAAUCAAAAUCCCCCACCACCGCCUACGGGCCAGGUUUUUUAUGACGAUACGCAAAACCGCGUUUAUGACACUCCAUUGGGCCAAAGUAAUUAUGCAAGCCAAAGAAACAGUGAGUUUCCUGACAAUGAGCCUUAUAUCGAUAAUUAUUCUGAGAAUAAUCUAUCAGCUGAAGAUCCAAGAAACAAUGAUUGGGUUCCCGAUCCAGGUUACAGCAAUAUUCGUCCAGCGCAACGCAGCCCGCCAUUAGGUGAAAAUUCAUGUGCUUAUAACCCUAGUUGCUCAGGCGUACGUCGAAAGACCUGCUCGGUCAAUAUGGAUGACAACAGCUACGCUGCCGCGCCGGAUCGAGACGAUGUGAGUGGCUUUUCUGGAGUGUGUACCUGCAAUUGCGAAUUCUGCAGAAACAAUUCCGAAAAUAGCGGAAAGCUUGUUUCGCUCAUCGCACAGGCCCUGGAGAUGUUCCUGAGCAAUAAUGUUAGGGAUCCGGCAGCCAACAAGGAGAGAAAGUCAAAGCAAGAUGGCAAGGACCGCAAGACACUCCAUUCCCGAAGUGCAUCUAGCACCGGCGAAUCUGUUAAAUCCUUAAACACAAGAGGGUCAGCUCAGCAGGAUAAGAAGAAGGAUAAGAAAAAGGAAAAGUCUAAGGAGAAAUCGAAGACUAAUGGCAAGGAGAAAGCCAAAGGGCAACCAAAGGAUAAAAACAAAAACAAGCACACCCCACGUCAAUCUAAUAACUCGAACUUCUAUCUGCCCGAUUCAGAGCAGCCCACAUGCAAGUGCAAACAGACCUGUAACACAAACUGUCGCAAUGGCUGCGCCAAAUCAACUGGCCGCAACGGCGGUCCCGGAGGCUACAGCGGAGGCUGUACGGGUUCCUGUAGCCAAGGAUAUGAGCGCAUAGGCAAAUGUACGACCUGCUGUACGAGCUCACGCGCGGCGGAGCACAAGGCCACUUGCGCCGCAGGCUGUCAAGCUAACUGCAGUGGCUCGAUGACGAGCAAUAAUAGUGCACCUAGUCGUUCCAGCCAGCGGCAGUCAGGGAACAGCGCCAGAUCGAGCGGACGCAGCAGAGGACCUUCAAUCAACCAGCAGUCAGGCGGCUCUGGAGGAGCGGCUGUUCACGCCGAGUCGGCGGCGGGCAAUGGCAGUCAGAGUGGCCGCUUGAAGCAAUCAACGGGUGGCCAUGACAGACCAAGUGUACGCUCCAAGUCGCCAGCUUGCAACGCAGCAAAAGGUUGCCGCUGUUGCGUCAAGCAACAGGAUCGCUUUGGCGCCGGUGAUGCCACAAAUCGGAUGCACUGCGGCUGCUGUGCCGGCUUUGCAGGGCGACGCAUGAACAGCCAGGCGGCCAGACCCACGGGCAACUGUAUUCAUGGUCUACAGCCAGUGGCCCACUAUCGACCCGGCAUGCUGCAGUUCCCCAUCAACUAUACGCUCCGGCGCAACGGCGAAUGCGUACGCCGUAGUCUGGUGCGCACAGCGGCGGGGGCCACACUCCACGAGCGGCCACACAGUGAGGAGCACAUAUCGAAUGCCCUGCAUGAUCAAGGGAGCUCCAAGCAAUGCAGUCGAUGUCGUUCCAAUCUACAGUUUUGGCACUGAGUGCACAAAUUACGCAUUGUGUAGAUCGUAUAUAGUACUAAUCCAUCUAUAUCGAACACAUAAUGCAUAAUUUUGUUCGGCCGCGUGGUGGUUUAGUUUUCAAAACAAAAUUUCCGUCGACUUUCAAUUAAACUACAGAUCAAUAUAUAAUAAAACCGGUAAAAUCCAA